AUGCAUGCAGAGAGGCGCAAGUGCUUCCCCUACAGUGCUCGUCCUCACAUCCAACGUGGCGCUCACAGCGUGAGUUCACAUGCACCUCCUAUCAGUACAGCGUCCUCGCUAUCAGUAUUACUCUUCCUUUCCGCACCUCCUUCCCCCCCCUCUCUUUCCGCCCUCCCUCUUCUCCCCCUAGCCGCCUCCUCGCACUCUCAGGCAAUUUCUGACUUGACUCACACCCCCCAUCUCCCCCUCUCCCCCCCCUCUCCCCCUCUCACCCCCUCUCCCCCUCUCGCCCCCUCCGUCUCCCUCGCUUUCUCCUCCGCCAGCCCCCUCCCCGCCCUCUCAGGCGCAGCCAAGCUGACAGUCAAGGGCGCGUGUGCCCCUUCCAGGUUGCUCUUUCCCAUCCCCCUCGUCCGCUCUCUCUCUACCCGUCACCCUCCCUCCAUCCUCCCCGUGACCUCAAAUCCUCCUCAUCCUCUAUCCUACGACUUUCAACCCCCGUUCCUUUCUCUCCUCUUUUCUCUCCCCCUUUCUCUCCUCCUUUCUCUCCUCCUUUCUCUCCUCCUUUCUCUUCCCCUUUCUCUUCCCCCUUUCUCUCCCCCUUUCUCUCCUCCUUUCUCUCCUCCUUUCUCUCCUCCUUUCUCUCCCCCUUUCUCUUCCCCCUUCUCUCCCCCUUUCUCUUCCCCCUUCUCUCCCCCUUUCUCUCCCCCUUUCUCUCCCCCUUUCUCUCCCCCUUUCUCUCCCCCUUUCUCUCCCCCUUUCUCUCCCCCUUUCUCUCCCCUCUCUCUCCUCUCCCAACAUCACCAGCGAGCGGCAGGAGGCGUCCUAUUCAACGUGCGGGCGGCGGUCAACGCGAGUCAAUGCGUGUUCUUGAGCAACACGGCUCCUGGCAUUGGCGGAGGGGUGCUCAGCGACUCCUUCCCUGGGACAGCCACCCCUCCGUACCGCCUCUUCUCGCGCUGCACCUUUCAGGGCAACACGGCGCCCAUCCUGGGGGGCGGAGCCAUCAGCAUCAACGCGGGGAGCCCGCUGGGCCGCGUGCCGCCGCUCUACUUCGUGCGCUGUCUCUUCAAGGACAACACUGCGCCCAGAAGUCUCGGAGGGGCCAUUUCAGUGGCGGGGAACGGCAGAGUGCGGUUCAAGACGUGUGUGUUUGAUGGGAACAACGCCGGUGCAUCUGGGGGAGCCAUCUUCUCAUACGGUGCAUCCCUUGCCCUCGCGCGAGUCACCUUCAAGACCAACAGGGCCCUCGGCACCUCCCUUGCCGGCUCAUUUUCCUCGGGCCUCGGCGGUGCUCUCUACGCCGUCUCAGGGCUCCUCACCCAGUCAUCUCUCAGCUUCUGCUCGUCGUCCUUUUCGGGCAACUCGGGCAGCGCUGCCAACGGCGGCUCGCUGUACCUGCAGAAGGCGCCGGGCAGCCCAAAGUUUACGGGCGUGGUGACGUUUUGCAGCGGGAGUAAACCGGCUGGAUCGGUGGUGCCCAAGAGUGGAUGGCGGGUGGGCAGCCAAUGCACAGCCAG